AAGAGUACUUCCGGGUUAGAGAGAAAUCCUGCAUGUCACCGUUAUAGAGGGUUUUUUUUUUAUUUUUUUUUUAAAUUAUUAUUAUUAAGAAAUAACAUUUAGUAAAGAUGUCGCGCGGCUCGAGCGCUGGGUUUGAUCGUCAUAUUACUAUUUUCUCGCCAGAGGGAAGACUUUAUCAAGUGGAAUAUGCGUUUAAGGCCAUUAAUCAGGGCGGGCUGACGUCAGUGGCUGUGCGGGGGAAAGACUGCGCCAUCGUCGUCACACAGAAAAAAGUUCCAGACAAGCUCCUGGACGCCUCUACAGUCACUCAUCUGUUCCGCAUCACAGACAACAUCGGCUGCGUGAUGUCGGGCAUGACGGCUGACAGCAAGUCUCAGGUGCAGAGAGCACGUUACGAAGCAGCGAACUGGAUGUACAAAUACGGCUACGAGAUUCCAGUAGACAUGCUGUGCAAGAGGAUCGCCGACAUCUCUCAGGUUUACACACAGAACGCUGAGAUGAGACCGCUCGGCUGCUGUAUGAUCGUGAUCGGUAUGGAUGAGGAGUUGGGGCCGCAGGUGUAUAAGUGCGACCCUGCAGGUUAUUACUGCGGCUUUAAGGCCACAGCAGCCGGAGUGAAACAGACCGAAGCCAUCAGCUUCCUGGAGAAGAAAGUUAAGAAGAAGCACGACUGGACCUUCGAGCAGACCAUCGAGACGGCGAUCACCUGCUUGUCCACGGUGCUGUCCAUCGAUUUCAAGCCGUCGGAGCUGGAGGUGGGAGUGAUCACGGCACAGGAGCCCAAGUUCAGGAUUCUCUCUGAGGCGGAGUUAGAUGCUCACCUGGUGUGUCUGUCUGAGCGAGACUGAGCUCAGGGAACCACGGCACUGUGGGAAAUGUGUAGAACGCUGUAUAAGUGAUUAACACCUUGUUUCUCUGUAUAUUUCUCUGUAUGAUUAAAGCUGUUUUUGGAGAAAAAUAGAA